ACAAACAUGAACAAACAACGAUCUGGCGGGAGCGGAUCUACGUGAUGAUAUCAUUUUUCUUAUCUUUUUCUGUUUUUUCCUUUCCUGUAAUUUAAUCCACCAAACGUGCAAGGAGCAUCCACCGGUUCCAAUGCAAUCCAGGAAUUCAGCGUAUUUAACCGAGUUCAAGAACAAUUAACCAAUAAUUCAUGUUGGUCUAACCUUGGUGCCUUUCUGCUAACACAUCUCUGUCUCAUCGACAUAAAAAAAUUGUCGUGAAGAAGUUUGUGAAUAUUUCAUAAUCUAAAUAAUCAUGAGUAGUCAGACAAAUCAGAAGAAGAAACGCAAGAAUCAACAUUCGCUCGAUGAGGAAGUUGGAAGGGCUAAACGGUCCAAAGAUAAAGAAUCUGGUGAUGAGAGUUUAUUGUUGGAAUCAUUACAAGGAAAAGCGACAGCCGGGAGGAUCAAAAAGCUGGUUUUACGGAAUUUCUUUUGUCACGAUCAUUUGGUUAUGGAGUUCAAUAAAAAUGUCAAUUUCAUUGUUGGACGAAAUGGCAGUGGUAAGAGUGCAAUUUUGACAGCUAUUACUAUUGGUUUGGGUGGACGAGCGUCUACAACUGAGCGUGGAGAUUCAUUUAAAACCUUUAUAAAGAGCGGAAAAGUAUCAUGUACCAUUGAAAUAACCCUGAUCAAUGAGGGUCCUAAAGCAUAUGAGCCUGAGAUUUACGGAAAAGUUAUAAAAGUAGUCCGCACUAUAUCAGAGACCUCUUCGAAAGUGAUUAUAAAAGGACAACGUGAUAACCUUGUGUCUAAGAGAAAAGCCGAUCUCCUUAAGAUCACCAGCGCACUCAACAUUCAAGUUGAUAAUCCUAUAUCAAUCCUGAAUCAGAACGCUGCAAAAAAAUUUCUGAUCCAACCCAAAGGCGAUAGGAUGUAUGAAUUAUUCAUGCAGGCGACACAACUGAAUAUUAUUGGCAAAAAUUAUAAAGAGGCAUUGCAGAUAAGCAAAGAGACACAGACGAGAAUGCAGGACACUCAGAGAGAAUUGCAAAAAAAUAAAAAUGAGAUAGAAGCGAUUGAGGAGAAAAUAAAGGCAAUAGAUAAUCUGGAGUCAGUAAGGAAGAAGUAUGAAGAAUUGGAGUGUGAAUGCCUGUGGGCGCGUGUCAUUGCCCAGGAAGCACGUGUCAAUGCAGCAGAAAAGGCAUGUGUCAAUGGUGAACGAACAGUCGAGGAGUUGGUAACCAAUGCUGAUCAGAAUUACAAUGGUAAAGCUGAGAAAAUUGACGGUAAAAUUGCUGAAAUCACAGAGCACAUCAGAGAAUCUGAGAAAGAGGCGGCAACGUGUGAAUCUGCUUGGGAGGAAAUAAGAAAUAAAUACCAGGGAAAGAAGGAUGGCUUGGCUGCUAAAGAGAGAGAGUAUAAAGCCUGCAAACAGUCAAUCAACAGAACUCUCAAAGACCUUGACACUAUCAAUACAGAAAUUGUGCGAUUGGAGCAACUUAACAGUCAGGCUUAUAACGAGAAAGCUCAACUCGAACAACAUAAAAUUUCAGUUGAGGCAGAGCUGCGCGAGGUUGAACAGAGAAUCAAAACCGCUCAGGUCGAUCAAGUGCACAUUAAUUCUGAUAAAUUACGAUUGGAGAUGGAAGAGCGGGAGUACAGAGUGGACGUUAAUCAGAAAGAGCAUCAAUUAGGCCAAUUGCAAGCCCAACUUGGGAAUUUAUCUUUGAGCUCAAGUAAUUCCUUAGACGUUUAUGGUAGGGAUAUGAUAAGACUAUUAAAACGAAUCGACGAGGAAAAUAGACAGCAGCAUUUUGAACAGAGACCACGUGGACCAAUUGGUGCAGCAAUUAAAAUGAAGGACUCGUCAUGGACUCCGAUUGUUGAAAAAGCUAUUGGUAAUUUAAUCAGUGGUUUUUGCGUUGAUAAUAGGGGAGAUGCUCAGCUCCUUGGAAAGCUUAUUCAGGAGGUGUACAGUGGGCAAAAAUCACCUGAAAUAAUCUGCAGUAAAUUCCUCGAUCGAGUUCAUGAUGUUCGUAAUAAUAGCACGAGAACUGAGAGAUAUUGUAAUGUCUUUGAUAUUAUGGAGGUGUCUGACCCAGUUAUCGCCAAUUGUUUGAUUGAUCAACGUUCUCCAGAGUCUAUUCUCUUGAUUCCAACGAGUGAUGAAGCUGCUGCGUUGCUCAAAGACCGUGAGAAUGUUCCACAAAACUGCAAAAUGGCUCUCACCAAGACGGGAGAAACAUUCUAUCCUGAUCCAAAUUAUAGAACCUAUUCGGGUUAUAUUUCCAAUCCGAGGUAUCUACAAGUAUCCACUGCUCAGGUGGUACAGAGCCUCAAGAAGGAAAUUAGAGAAAUUCAAGAGGAAUUCGAUGAGUCGAAAAAACUACUGACUGCCAAAUGUGAAGCGCUCCAUCAAAGUAGAGUUGCAAGUAAGAAUUUGUUCAAAAAAAUCACGCAACUCCGUGGAAUGUUGAAUAAACUAAGUGCCAAGGCUGAUGAACUGAAGGAUAAACUGAGUGAUAGGGUGCAAGAUAAUGGAGAUAACCAUUCUCAUUUUAUUUCACUGAGAUCUGAGUAUGAGCAGAGGUUGGAGCAAUUGAGAAUUGAGGAGCAACGGCUUGGAGAUGAGGUGAAGGAACUGCAAGGGAAGAUUAAUGAAAUCGAGACUGAAUUAACACGUUGUCGUGAGAAAGCUAAUGAUGUCGAUGAGUUGAUAAAUCCUCUCAAGAUGCGAAUACGAAAGCUGGAGGAGGAGAAGAGACAGUGUCAGAUACAGAUGAAAGAGGCCAAUAAUAGAAUUCUCAGUGCUCGUCAUUCUCUUGAACAGGCUGUUGCUGAAAAAGAAUAUCAAAAAGGUACACUUCAAGUUUUCCUCGAUCACGCUGAAGGACACUCGAGGAGAAUUGAGACUAGUCGAACUGAAGAAGAGAUCAACGAGGAAAUGAAAAAAAGGACAGCCCGUAUUGCCCUAGUGGAGACCAAGUAUGGCACCAGGGAUGUACUCUACGAGCAGUUGGAAAUUAAGAAGACAAGAUAUUUGGAGGUGGAACAGGUUCUUGAUGUCUUAUUGGCGGCCAAUGAUCAGCAUCUGCAGAGAGUUGAGAAUAGGAGGAAAGAGUACAAAGACAUGAGAUCGGAAAUGGGAGAGAGAGUGCAAAAUGCUUUCAGCGCUAUUCUUAUACUCAGGGGAUAUAAGGGAUCCUUAAUAAUCAAUUAUGUUGAUAAAACUCUCGAUCUAAGUGUAAUUCCACAGAACACCACUGGACGAGACCGUAAUGAAACCAUCACUUUGUCAGGUGGUGAAAGAUCCUACUCUACUGUUGCCUUUGUCCUUGCACUCUGGGAGUGUACUGCUGUUCCAUUUUACUUUCUCGAUGAAUUCGAUGUUUUCAUGGAUAAAGUCAAUCGUCGUAUAAUUAUGGAAAUUUUGCUAUUGCACACUCGCGAUCAUCCGGAGUGUCAGUUUGGGUUUUUCACUCCAUUAGAUGCAUCCAUCGUCAGAUCUAGUGAUUCCUUGACGAUUCAUCAAUUGGAGGCUCCAGAACGUCAGCUUACACAGAAUAACCGCUAAAAUGACCACCUAUUCAGGCAAAUUCCUUCUUUUUAUUUUCCACUUAACUCUGAUCGUUUAUUUUUAUUUUUAUUUUUUUUCUAAUAUUUCAAGAUUUUUUCAACAAAUUAAAGCUCUUAAAAUACCAUUAUUCCGGUAGUUACAUGAAUUUUGGUGAUUCCACGUAUCGUGUUUUUUUGUUUUUUGUUUUUUCCCCCUUUCUUCCACGUUUAAUAGAACUUAUGGGAAAAGUAUUUCAUAAUAUUUAUUAUAAUGGCGUUACUAAAAUUCACCGAGUACAAAAUAUUUACGCGAUAUAUUAUUGCACUUAUUAAAUCUCUCCUAAUAAUAACGAUUCAUGGGUCUCGAGAACGUGAGCUGAUGCAAAAUUACCGAUGUAAUCGAAAAUUGUUCAAUCCAAGUCUCUCUAGGUUUUGUUUUUUUUUUUUAUUCCUUACUAAUAUCUCUUGUUUAUCGUUUCCCCUUGCCCGAAAAAGUUUCGUCCGAACAGUAUUUAUUAAUAUUGAAAAUUUAAUUUUUGUGUGUCAGUAGAGAAUUUAAGUUUGUUCAUCGAUUACAUUCUUGUUACGGGUUAUUUGGAGGGGGGUGAUUUCGAAUACAGCAAAAGAAGGAUAUUGAUAGCAUUUGUCGCAACAAAAAUUACGAAUAUCCGAGAGAAUUAAUGAAUAGAUAAUAAAAGAAGAAAAAAAAAUAUAUAUAUAUAUAUAUAUGUAUGUAUAUAUAUAUAUAACAGUGGCGGGAGGGCCCCACAUAUUCCAUGUUACAAUGUAGUCAACAUUUAUUUUUUUAUAAGAGAAAUUA